CAGAGAAAGAGUGUUGUGUAAGCGGCUCAUGUGUAGGAUAUCCCUACGCCUGCUCUCACACUUUCCUUCCGCUGCUGGGACUGGGAUAUCCCUACGCCUGCCCUCACUUUCCUCCCAUCAGGUGCUUCAUUCAGCCGGGGCUGUAGCACAGCCACUAACCUGCGCCAUUAAUCAUUAUAUAUAGAAAGUCAUUGUGCUGUAUGCUUCCCUUCCCUACUGAACUCCAUUCUAUAUUGCCUUCCUAUCAUGCUACUGCCUUAGGGAAGGGUCAGUCAAACAAGGACAAGUCUAACUACAGCUCUCCCAUCUCUAUAUAUCUGGGGGGGGGGGGGCUUGAAACUACUCUCACCAACAGAAAACUAACUAUAUAUAUAUAUAUAUACUAUACUAGUAACUAUACUAUAACCCCAUUAGUGAGUAUGUACUGUAUAUAGGGUCACCAUUCUGGCUUUGUACUGACUUUACCAGCCCCUCCCCAUAGAGGCAGGAUAAUGCUUAUCGCUUCGCUUCAUGCAACUGUCUGUGUGUGUGUGUAUUGAGACAAUUGAAUUCUAUCUUUUAUAGAUCCCAAGGGAACCUGCCCUGAGAAGCGAUGGCGUCGCUGGGCACCAGUGGCCAGUCUGUUACAGAGUAUGUGGUGCGUGUACCCAGGAAUCCAAAUAAGCGGUACAGUCUCAUGGCAUUUAAUGCUGCGGAUAAAGUGGAUUUCUCCACGUGGAACCAGGCUCGUAUGGAACGUGACCUGAGUGCCAAAAAGAUGUAUCAGGAUGAAGAGAUGCCUGAAUCUGGGGCUGGCAGCGAGUAUAACCGCAAACAGAGGGAGGAGUCCAGGAGGAAAAAAUACGGGAUCAUUUUAAAGGAGUUCAAACUAGAGGAUCAGCCUUGGCUUCUGCGAGUGAAUGGAAAGGCAGGACGCAAGUAUAAAGGCGUGAAGAAGGGCGGAGUGACGGAAAAUGCCUCUUACUACAUAUUCACACAGUGCGCAGAUGGAGCAUUUGAAGCAUUUCCAGUCUCCAACUGGUACAAUUUCACUCCACUUGCCAAGCAUCGCACUCUGACGGCCGAGGAGGCGGAGCAGGAGUGGGAAAGGCGCAACAAAGUCCUCAAUCACUUUACCAUUAUGCAGCAGCGUCGCCUGAAGGACCAGGUGGGAGAUGAUGAUGAAGAGGAAGGUGGGGGAAAACAGGAAAAAGGAGGAAAGGGCAAGAAAAAGAAGAAAAAAAGUGACCUCAAAAUCCAUGAUCUUGAGGAUGACCUUGAUAUGAGCUCCAGUGAAAGCGAGGACAGCGAUGAGGAGGGCGAGCGUCGCACAAAGCCCCAGAAGAAAGCUCCGGCCAAGGGCAAGAAAAAGAAGAAGCAGAAGUCGGACGACGAGGCUCUAGAGGACAGCGACGAUGGGGAUUUUGAGGGGCAGGAAGUAGAUUACAUGUCGGACGAGAGCAGCUCUGAUGAAGAGCUUCCAGGGAAGAUCAAACCCGCCAAAGAGGAGGAAGGCCCUAAAGGAUUGGAUGAGCAGAGUGAGAGCAGUGAGGAGAGCGAGGAGGAAAAGGCAGAGGAAGAGGAAGAAGAAGAGAAGAAGGCCCCCACCCCACAGGAUAAUAAGAAAAAGAAGAAAGAAGACAGCAGUGAUGAGUCUGAGACUUCUGAGGACAGUGAUAUUGAUGGAGCCUCAUCAUCCCUCUUUAUGCAGAAAAAGAAGACCCCAUCCAAGAAGGAUAAGAAAGGCGGCUCCAACAGCAGCUCCCGGGGGAACAGCAGGCCCGGAACCCCGUCUCCUGACACAGGGAACACGUCGAGCACCCUGAGAGCUGCAGCAAGUAAACUAGAACAAAGCAAACGAGGAGCAGUGUCAAACACUCCUGCGGCGAAACGUCUCAAGAUGGAAUCCGGGCCGCAAAACACUUCAGGAAAAUCCACCCCUCAGCCACAGUCCGGGAAGUCGACCCCCAGCAGCGGGGACAUUCAGCUGACCGAGGACGCCGUUCGCCGGUACCUGACCCGCAAACCCAUGACAACUAAAGACCUUCUGAAGAAAUUCCAAACCAAAAAGACAGGUCUGAGCAGCGAGCAGACAGUCAAUGUGCUGGCCCAGAUCCUAAAGAGACUGAACCCAGACCGGAAGGUUGUGCACGACAAGAUGCACUUCUACCUAAAGGAGUGAUCGGUACAUCGUGCACUGUGGGCCCAUGUAUAUUUGUAUAGAUUGUGCACACACCGCCCCCUAUGGGCUGCAUAGAGAACUGUGCGGCACACUGUGUGCAACUGUCAGUGCGUGAGGGUGGGGGUGACAGAUGCUGGCAGUUAUGGACAUUUGUCACAUGACUGUUUUUCUAAUGAGUUUAGGACCAAGUGCCACAAGGUGAAAAUAAAUGUCAUUUUUUUUUUUUUUACUA